UCCGCUUCCGACUUCAUUCCGGAAGCUGCUUUUUGAGGUAGCGUGCGGGUUAGAGCGGUCUUUGUGAGCUUCCACCAUGGCGUACCGUGGCCAGGGCCAGAAAGUGCAGAAGGUGAUGGUGCAACCCAUCAACCUCAUCUUCAGAUACUUGCAAAACAGAUCUCGGAUUCAGGUGUGGCUUUAUGAGCAAGUAAAUAUGCGGAUAGAAGGCUGUAUCAUUGGUUUUGAUGAGUAUAUGAACCUCGUAUUAGAUGAUGCAGAAGAGAUUCAUUCUAAAACAAAGUCAAGAAAACAGCUGGGUCGGAUCAUGCUAAAAGGAGAUAAUAUUACUCUGCUCCAAAGUGUCUCCAACUAGAAACGAUGACUAAAGGGAGAAAGAGCAAUACAAAUACACUCUGCUCCAGUGUCUCCGACUAGAAGCGAUCACUUGGUGUGAGAUGUUGAGAGGGCAUUACAGUUCAUUUUGGCAUAUGGGUGUUUCUCUGGGAUGUUAUUCUGAACCAUUUAUUCAUGUUGUGUUGGCACCCUUACCUUAUUAGCAGGACUACAAUAAAUGCUAGCUUUUAUUAAAUGUUUAAAA